GGCAAUGGAAUGUUAAGACCUCCAUUUAAUUGUUUUCAUUAGAAUAUAACUGCGCUACAGACCAUCGUACGAGUCCACCUCAAGUGCUACAGACCAAGGAUUUAACAACAGCCGGGGUCCAGGCGAGAGGAGACAGCGUGAACCAGCCCCAGGGAGGCAGACAGAGUACCCAGGGCUGGAUGUGCUCGGCCUUACCCUCCCCAGCGGCCCGCCAUGGGGGAGACCAAAAUUAUUUAUCACCUCGACGACCAGGAAACUCCUUACCUGGUCAAGUUGCCCAUCGCUGCUGACAGGGUUACUCUUGCGGACUUCAAACAUGUCCUCAAUAAGCCAAACUAUAAAUUUUUCUUCAAAUCUAUGGACGAUGAUUUCGGGGUUGUGAAAGAGGAGAUCUCUGAUGACAACGCCAAACUCCCCUGUUUCAAUGGCAGAGUGGUAUCUUGGCUGGUGUCUGCAGACGGCUGUCACUCAGAUGGGGGUUCCGUGUGUGCAGACAGCCAGACAGACCUACCGCCCCCCCUGGAGAGGACCGGCGGUAUCGGGGACUCAAGACCCCCCUCUUUCCAUGCAAAUGCUGCUGGCAGUCAGGAUAACUUGGACAACGAGACUGAGACGGAGUCUGUUGUCUCUAAGCAACGAGAGCGAGAGAAGGAGCGGGAGAGAGAGAGGGAAAGACCUCGAAGGAAAGACACUCUCGACCAUGGUGGGAGGUUGAAUGGUCACUCCCGGCCCGAGCGAAGGCCAGAGUUAGCAGGGUAUGACAGCUCGUCCACCCUCAUGAGCAGCGAGCUGGAUACCACCAGUUUCUUUGACUCUGAGGACGAUGACUCGGCAAGCCGGUUCAGCGGUUCCACAGAGCAGAGCUCAUCCUCCAGACUCAUGAGACGGCAUCGCCGUCGCCGACGGAAACCCAAAGCACCGCGGAUGGAGAGGGUAAAUGAGACAGACACACGUGUGCCCCGAUUCCAGAUCUGCUUCCUGUGUUUUGUGGCCUAUAUCUGUACCUUUAUCAUCUUCAAGUUCUCUCGCUCUGUCUCUCUCUCUCUCUCUCUCUCUCUCUCUCUCUCUCUCUCUCUCUCUCUCUCUCUCUAUCCUCCUUCAUUCCCCUCCUGCCUUCCUCUCUUUCUCUGUCCCUCUUGCUGUCUCCAGUCGUCCUCGUUCAGCAGCAUCACAGACUCCACCAUGUCUUUGAACAUCAUCACUGUCACUUUAAACAUGGAGAAGUACAACUUCCUGGGUAUCAGCAUUGUGGGCCAGAGCAACGAGCGAGGUGACGGGGGCAUCUACAUCGGCUCCAUCAUGAAGGGCGGGGCCGUGGCGGCGGACGGACGCAUUGAGCCUGGUGAUAUGCUGCUUCAGGUAAACGACAUCAACUUUGAGAACAUGAGCAAUGAUGAUGCUGUGAGGGUGCUGAGGGAGAUUGUGCACAAGCCAGGCCCCAUCACUCUGACUGUGGCUAAAUGCUGGGAUCCAAACCCUCGAGGAUGCUUCACGCUGCCCAGGAGUGAGCCGAUCCGUCCCAUAGACCCUGCUGCUUGGGUGUCCCACACUGCGGCAAUGACGGGGGCGUACCCGGUGUACGGUAUGAGCCCUUCUAUGAGUACCAUCACCUCCACCAGCUCCUCCAUCACAAGCUCCAUCCCUGAGACUGAGAGGUACGAUGAUUUGCACCUGUCCAUUCACAGCGAUAUGGCCGCCAUUGCCAAGGCGAUGGCAUUCCCAGAGUCUGGGCUGGAGGUGCGAGACAGGAUGUGGCUGAAGAUUACCAUCCCUAACGCCUUCAUAGGUUCAGAUGUUGUGGACUGGCUUUACCAUCACGUGGAGGGCUUCACUGAUCGCCGCGAGGCCCGCAAAUACUCCAGCAACCUUCUGAAGGCUGGAUACAUCCGCCAUACAGUCAACAAAAUCACCUUCUCUGAGCAGUGUUACUACAUCUUUGGGGACCUCUGUGGCAACAUGGCUGGUCUGUCCUUGCAAGACCACGAAGGUUCCAGUGGGGCCUCUGACCAGGACACACUGGCCCCCCUGCCUCACCCGGGAGCUGCACCCUGGCCCCUGGCCUUCCCCUACCAGUAUCCCAUUCCACACCCCUACAACCCCCACCCUCUGCACGAGCCACCGCACAUUGGAGAGGGGGGCAGCGGGGGUAGCCAGCACAGCGAAGGGAGUCGUAGCAGUGGGUCAAACCGUAGCGGCAGCAAGAAGGAGGCUGCAGGGGGCGCUGGCGGGGCAGAGUCCAAGUCGGCCGGCAGUGGCAGCGACCAAGAGCAGAGGCGGGAGAAAGCCACUAAUGAACACUCUGAGGCGCCCCCUAGUGAGCACAGUGUGCGCAGCAUCCACAGCCACUGCAGCUCCCAUAGUGUCCACAGUACCCAUUCCAACAGCCCGGUGUGUGGAGAGCCUGGCCUGCCCCCAGAGCCAGAGCCAACACAGCUUCCCACAGCUCCUCCCGGGUCCCCGCCGGGCCGUGACAUGGCUUCUGUGCCCCCUGAACUCACCGCUUCUCGCCAGUCCUUCCGCAUUGCCAUGGGCAACCCGAGCGAAUUCUUUGUUGAUGUUAUGUAAUGUGCGAUGGGAGUCAGUUGAUCCAGAGAAGGGUUCCUUUGCUGGAGAGGUUGCUGAGGAUGGAAAAGGUAAAUGGAGAGCAAGUGGGGCGUGGCUGUGUAAAGGACAUUGUUGUCCAUAUCCCCUCACCCCUGUAGCUGUUCUGUGUCUCGUACUUUCUUCAGUGAAGAAAAUUGAAAUGGGUACAGCUCUCUCUCUCUAUAUGUUCCCUAAAAAACAUUUGUUCUUUACUACAUUUUAUAUGUGCGUGAGUGUGUGUGUGUACUGUUUCUUUUCCUCUUCUCCUUGAAGUGACCUGUGUGUCUCACUUAACUGAAACGUAUGUAUUUUUUUACCAUCACAUUCCCCCACCCUUAUUUAUCAAAGACACUUCAAUAAUAGACAGGAAACUCUAAAAAAAAGACUUUGAGGAAGUCUGUGGUUAGGAUUGACAGUUUUCUCUGGGAUUGCUCUCUGCUCUACAUAGUAGUAUUAAGCUGAAAACAAAACUGUUAAAUGCAUAAAGAAAAUAUAUAUGAACAGCACUAAGUCAUACAUUUACUGGUUGUCUUGUUAAAUGUACAAGGAAUUGUGAAGGAAUGUGGGGAGAGAAGCCAAAAAGAAAAUCAUUGAGCUAACCUACAGUACAUCCAGACAGGAAACAUGAUUUCCUUUUGAAGUACUAAUUUUCAGAUCUGAUGGUGUCAUCAAGACGUCACCCUCCUCGUUCAAGCUUUGAUGUACAGGCCUUUUGUUUUAAUGGUACUUCUUGCCUUCAGUGGCCCUUUGACAGGACACACUUUGUAGUUCACUCUUUAGCAGGAUGACUGCUGCCACAUCAAAAGUGUUAGUGGUCAUGGUCUUUGAUAAUGAUCUGACCGAUCGCUUAACUGGAGGAUUAAGGAUACACUCGUUAUAUCUCAUAAGCUUGACCAUGGGUAUUAGAGGACAGAGACUCAAUUUAGGGAGUUUUGGGAAAGGGUGGGUGUGAGCAAUGUUGACCUUGUCUCUUUCCAUCUUAUUUUUCCCAUCUCUGUGUACAUUGCAUUGUAUUAGUCCAGCAUUCUCUUUAUUUCAUAAAUAACAUCAUUCUGCUAAUAUUACAGCCUGAUGUCUCAAAUGUUCUCUUUUGUUGCCAGAACACAUUUAUCUCAAAUCUUUGAUUAGAGAUUGAUUAUGUAUAGUGAUUAACAGUUAUGUUUAAUCCUCGAUAAACAGUUUUAUGAGAAACAAAUUGUUUUUAUUUAUAAACAUAGUUUUAUUGCCUGAACAUGACCAUGUUUUGUGUGAUCUAUUCAUUAAAUAUCUCAAAAGUCAA